GAUGCAACGCACGUCUCUCCCCAAUGCACGACCUUAUCAGUACAGUGACGGCGCGUAGAUAAGUUCCGCGUAUAACUACAGCGCCCGUGCCCGUGGUCGGUAGCCUUUUCUACCCGCAGCCUCCGUAACGAUAGGAUGUCUCUCAGCGCGACCCUCGUCCGGAGUCCCUCCCUUCUGCAGCAGCAUGAGCUGGAGACGGCCGUGUGCCGCGCGUUGUGCUGCGACCUCGCCGCCUUAGAGAACCUCGACCUGGGCGCCGAGAAGUCUGGCGCCGCUUCCGAAGGGUACCUCUCGCAGUGCGGCAGCAUGACCGUCAAGGCCGUGGUGAAGGGCCGCCCCCACACGCUGCACCUGUUCGUCAAACGCGAGAACACCAAGGAGGUCGUCGAGGGCCUCGAGGCCUUCCAACGGGAGGGUUUGUUCUACGAGUCGGUGCUCCCGCACUUGGACAAGGCCUGGAACAACGUGAAGGCGGCGGAGUCCGACGAGCACGCCGCCAGCCGCGUGGGUGCCGCGGCCUUCCUGGGCACGGACUCGGUGGUCGUCAUGGAGGACCUAACGCGUCGAGGGUACAAGGCCAUCUCGGAUUGGCAAUGGAACGACAUCCCUUACCAGACGGUCCAGCAGACCCUGCGCGCGCUGGCGCGCCUGCACGCGUCCUCGCUGGUGGCGGAGCGCGUCUGCGGCGUGGACUUGGCCGCCGAGGUGCCGGAGCUCAUGGAGGAGAACUUCCUCACCCGCCGCCCGGGCAUCGUCGGCAGGAGGAUCUUCGACGUGGCCAGCGACCUUGUCGCCCAGUACAUCUUGCCGCGCAUCUUCUCCAGGCUCAAGGUGCCCCAGACGGCGUUUGAGCUGAGGCGCCUGCAGGACCUGACUCGAGACAUCUGGACCGAGAUGGACCUGCCUAAGCUGCGGGAGCGGGAGGCGGUGCGCGCCAUCAGCAACGGCGACGUGUGGCCCAACAACGUGCUCGUCAGGCACGACAGCCAGGGGCAGGUGGCGCACGCCAUCGUGGUGGACUUCCAGAUGGUGCACCUCGGCCCGCCGGCCCUCGACGUCGCCAUGUUCCUGCGGACGUCCAUGCGCCGCGCGCACCGGCAGCGGAACGAGGAGAGCCUCGUGAGGGAAUACCACGACGACCUGGUGCGCUUCUGUCAGCAGCGCGGCCUCGACCUGAGCAAGGACUUCGGCUGGGAGGACUUCAAGGCGUCGCUCGCGCGUGUUGAGCCCGUGGCGAGGGGCAUCGCGUGCGCGUACAACCCCAUGAUCCGGGGCAACGAGGCCGAGAUGGAGGAGACGUUCAAAGAAAGCGCCGCGCGCAGCGCCAUGCUGCUCGAGUCAGCCGCACGCGCCGACAUGAUCUUGCGCUGGAUGGAGAGCGACGAGGCUUACCUAGAGCUCAUGAUCGAGAUCGUGGAGGACGUACUGGGGCUGCCCGCCUCGGCCUCAACUAAACAGUAACUCGCAAACAUACUCCUCGUAGACUAUGUGAUCCGUAUGAUAUAUGUGACCUACCAAAGAAAGUUCUAAACUUCGUUGUAGUCCCUUUGUUUUGUCUUUGUCCUAUAAUCUCUAGAAAUAUGUAAUAGGUAUAGAGUGAGAAUGAGGAGGAUGUAACCAAUCUCAUUGGAAAAAAUUACAGAAAAUAGUGGUUUCGAGUGCACUAA